GUUAAAUCGAGAAUCAAAACUUACUUUACCUUGGAACAAUCAAACCCUAAUAUUCCUACACCAUCUUCUGAUCAAGUCGUACGGAAGCAGAACGCUAUGUCUCUGUGUUUAUUUAUUUGUUUGGGUGUUCAAACUCCAGGGUCGGAAAACCUUCGUCGUAUCAGAGGAUGGAGAAUGGGGAAGGAAAAUCAAUGGCGGAUAGCAAAACAAAGAAGGCAACAAGGAUGCAGAUAAUGCAAAAGAAGAAAAGGAUCGACGAGCUUCUGAAAUCGGCUUAUUCGCCUGACAAAGACCAUCUCGCUGAGUUUCCCCACUCUCGCCAUUACAACAAAAACGGUUUAUCUUUGUUCCUUGAAUCUGGACGUGGGGAUAAACUCUCAUCUAAUUUGAAACAGCAAAUCCAAAAUCUCCUUAAGGUGAAUAUGGAGGGCCCAUAUGGAGAAGAGUGGCCCACAGAGGAAAAAAUAAAACGUAGAGAAAUGUCAUCACCUGAAGCACUAUAUAUAUUUAUCCACACAGAUAAUUCAAAAGAAUCCAUAAUUGGAUUUGUGCAAUAUAGAUUCACCAUUGAAGAAGAAAUACCUGUAGUUUAUGUCUAUGAAUUGCAGCUUGAAUCUGCUUAUCAAGGAAAAGCACUUGGAAAAUUCUUGAUGCUACUAAUUGAGCUAAUUGCACGCAAAAAUGGCAUGGGUGCUGUGGUUCUCACUGUGCAAAAAAAGAACUAUUCAGCAAUCAAAUUUUACUUGAAUAAGCUAAGGUACAAUAUAUCAGCUAUUUCUCCUUCAAAAGUUUAUCAACUGAAUGGUGUAUUUGGAGAAGAAAAGAGCUAUGAGAUUCUUUGUAAAGCAUUUGACAAUGAAGCUAAAUCUGUAUUAGAGGAAUCAUGA